GCGGAACCACUCCCACAGGGUGGAAGUGUCGGAGGGGAGGUGUUGAGUUGCGGAAGAAGUCGAGGGUUUCCGGAGCGGGCGGAAGCGCCUACGGCAGCUUCCGGAAAGAGUAGUAGGGCUGUGUGGUGGUAAUGGCUGAGGUUACGGAAGCGGCUUCGGCGGAGGCUGAGGCGUUGGCCGCGGCCCGGGAGCGGAACAGCCGCUUCCUGAGCAGCCUGGAGCUGGUGAAGCAAGGCGCCGAGGCGCGGGUGUUCCGCGGCCACUUCCAGGGCCGCGCGGCCGUGGUGAAGCACCGCUUCCCCAAGGGCUACCGGCACCCAGCGCUGGAGGCGCGACUCGGCCGGCGGCGGACGGUGCAGGAGGCCCGCGCGCUGCUGCGCUGCCGCCGCGUAGGAAUAUCUGCCCCAGUUGUCUUUUUUGUGGACUAUGUUUGUAACUGCUUAUAUAUGGAGGAAAUUGAAGGCUCAGUGACUGUUCGAGAUUAUAUUCAAUCUACUAUGGAGACUGAAAAAACUCCCCAGAGCCUCUUUGGCUUAGCCAAGAAAGUUGGGCAGGUUUUGGCUCGAAUGCACGAUGAGGACCUCAUCCAUGGUGACCUUACCACCUCCAAUAUGCUGCUGAAGCCACCCCUCGAGCAGCUCAACCUGGUGCUCAUAGACUUUGGGCUCAGUUUCAUUUCGGGACUUCCAGAGGACAAGGGAGUUGACCUCUACGUCCUAGAGAAAGCCUUCCUCAGCACCCACCCCAACACCGAGCCUGUGUUUGAGGCCUGUCUGAAGAGCUACUCCACCUCCUCCAAAAAGUCCAGGCCAGUGCUAAAGAAAUUGGAUGAAGUACGCCUGAGAGGCAGAAAAAGGUCCAUGGUUGGGUAGAAGAGUGUGUGUGAUAACCACACACAGUUCAGCUGUUUUUCAAAGUAAAUGUGAAGAAAUGCUAUGAGUGAGAUUAGACCUAAAUAAAGGUGUUGGGAUAUUUUUAA